AUGGAGACCUUCUACAUUUCUUUUGCCAAAGACAAUCUGGCACUGUUCGUGAAGGGCCUGAAGUUAUGCAGGCGAUACAAAGUCGUUUUCACCUGUACAAUUCUCCUCUAUAUGGAUGCUUUCCACGUGACUCCGCCCGCCUUUUCGUUCACCUCCCUAGGCCAUGAUGAGCAUGUGGCAGAUCUCGCCAGCUCCAUCGCCACCAGGCUACCCGCCUCUGUCCUGGGUACAGUUACCCAUCCAGCAUUAAAUCCGCACCGAACCCACGCGGAGACAAAUUCGGCAGAAGAGGUUAUGACGAAAGAGUCACUUUGGGCAUCGUACGAAUACUCUGGUGCCCUCAUUUCAAGAGAAUCGGAUUUUGCCUUUGAUGCGCAAUAG